ACAAAUAAGCAAUGGAAAAUUAGUAAGGCAUCUUAACCUGAUUUUAUGAUACUGAUAACGAUAUUAUGGAAUUUUUCAAGUUUAAAUGACGUAAAAGCUUUCAAAGACGAAUUUUUUAUCAGUGAAAUGCAACAAAUAUCAUAAAAGACAAUGACAAAAAAUGCACGAAGUUCUAUCAAAAUAAUUCUCGAUAUUGUAGAACUAUAAAUGUGUAUCUGAAAGGGUGUUGUUACAAAGCAAAACUGAUUACUACUGCAAAGAUAUGGUUUUUUAUUGCAUUUUCCCAUGCUGAGCAAUUAAUAAAACAUUAACUCGUGUUAUAACUAUAUUUAUUUUAAUUAUUUUGCCUUCUGUAAAAUUACCCAGCAAUUUCCCACUCAAUUGUGACGCGUGCUUUCGUUGAUUUUCAGCUCAUUUUAAAUGUUAAAUGCUCAACUCCAUUUAAUCUAAUUGCUUGUGAUAAUUAAAUAGAGACAAGUGUUACAAAUUGUGUUUGUUUUCACUUCAAUUGGAAACGAUGGAGAAGAUUGCUAUUUGUUUUUCAUGUUAUCACCCCGAAAAUCUCCAUUCUCUAGAUGCCAUAUGGGGCAGUUAAAAAGAUGAUUUAAGUGCUAAUUUGUCAAUAUUAAAAGAGUCCGGGAGGUUUUUCUUCAUCCGUUAUGGCGCGUGGCAUUAUAGUUUUGGCUUUGAAUUUAUAUUCGCAUUCUCGCGAAGAAUGCGAAGAAUUGAUAAUAGUGAUAGCGAUGUUGUCUACCAACCCCUCUGCGUCACUUUUACUACCCACCUAAUCAUCUCUGUACCACAAGCAGAAUGAUAGAGUCAAUUUAUUUGCUGUGGUAACAAAUCAACAAGAGAGCAACAAAUUGAAUCAUCGUAGAGUCAUAAAAUAUUAAAAGGAGAGUCAUAUGACAUGAAUUAAGGCAAUAUUAAGCGCAAUGUCUUCCCCAGCAAAGGAAUGAAUGAGAUAUAAAAUGUUAUUGAGAGUGAGAAACUCAUAUACACAAGGAUUUUCAUUAAUUAAACUUACACACAAGAACGAGAAAACAAGCACGUGAUGAAAGAUGAUGCCGGUCAUAUGAUCAAAAUCCCUCGUAAAGAAAUUCACAGCAGUGUGGAAUUUCGUUAGGAAACUCUGGAUGAAAAAGAGUUAUGUUCGUCUGACUCAAGAACAAGUUGGUGCAGAGGGCAAAAAGGCCACCAAAAAACAGUAAAUGCCACAAAAAAGAAUUAAAGAUUCAAAAUUCGCCAAGUCACAGAAAUUGUAUGCCAGCCACCAGAAAGCAGAAAAAACGUAUCAAUGGGUCAUCGACCAUUCCUUCAAAUUGAUAUUUAAGUAUUUAAAUCACCUCAAGAUGAAGACACAUAAUCAAUUUGGGGGUGAGAAUGGUUCGUAUGUUAAUGAGGCUCUGGACAGCAGCACCCUGGAUGUUAGAAUUCCAAAUGAAGGGGAACCCCAUGGAGGUCUCAAAGGUUCCAAUGAAUUCAUAUUAACGGACAGCAAAGAGCAAAAAUGUCGCCUGGAGGAUGUGAAAAUGUGGUGCAGGAGGCGAGCCUCGAGUGCACUAUCCAAGAAAGUUCUCUACAAGAGACUUCCCAUUCUUGCUUGGCUGCCAAAGUACUCGUCUAACGAUGCAAUGGGAGAUAUUGUGGCGGGUAUAACUGUGGGUCUCACUGUUAUCCCACAGGCCUUGGCCUAUGCCGGUAUAGCUGGUCUUCCUGCUGCCUAUGGCUUAUACGGUUCGUUCCUUGGUUGCUUCUUUUACAUCUUCCUGGGCAGCUGCAAGGAUGUCCCCAUGGGACCAUCUGCCAUCUCCUCCUUGUUGACGUUCCAGGCAGCUGGUGGUGUCUGGCAAAAGGCUGUUCUUCUCACUUUGCUCACGGGCAUCAUUGAGCUCCUCAUGGGAAUCUUUGGGUUGGGUUUCCUUGUGGAUUUCGUCUCAGGACCCGUAUCAUCAGGUUUUACGUCUGCUGUGGCCCUCAUUAUUGCCACGUCUCAGGUGAAAGAUGUUCUGGGAAUUAAUGCCAAGGGCGGUACUUUUAUCUCUACUUGGAGAAGUAUCUUCGAGGAAGUUCAUAACACACGACCCUGGGACACGGUAUUGGGCAUCACAUGUAUUGCUGUACUGCUUAUCAUGAAGAUCCUUGCCACAAUUAAGAUCGGACCAAAUGAUGAGGAACUGAAGUCUUCAAAGCAUAAAAUUAUCAACAAGACUCUGUGGCUUGUGGGAACAGCUCGUAAUGCUAUUCUUGUAGUUAUCUGCGGUGCCAUUGGGUACUCCUUUCAAUCGUCUGUAGUACCUUUCCGACUUAUUGGGAAUGUUCCAGCGGGGUUGCCUGCCGUCCAAGUUCCUCCCUUUUCCAUUCCGGGCAAUGAAACUAUGGAAAUUCCGGAACAGUCAUUUGUGGAAAUGGUGUCAGAAAUGGGGUCGGGUCUUAUUGUUAUACCACUGAUUGCCCUCAUGGAGACCAUUGCGAUCUGCAAGGCUUUUGCUAAUGGCAAACCGGUAGACGCAACGCAGGAACUCAUUGCGAUUGGAGUUGGAAACAUUGCAAAUUCCUUCGUUCAGGGCUUCCCAGGAACAGGAAGUCUGUCAAGAUCGGCUGUGUUCAACGCUAGCGGUGUUAGGACCCCAAUGGCUAACAUCUAUACCUCACUCUUGGUCAUCUUUGCUCUGCAAUUCUUCACGCCGUACUUUUACUUUAUCCCUAAGGCCACCCUUGCUGCCAUCAUUAUUGCAGCUGUUAUCUUCAUGGUGGAAGUGAAGGUGGUCAAGCCCAUGUGGAGAACCAAGAAAAGUGAUCUUAUUCCUGGCCUUGGAACUUUUAUUGCGUGCCUUGCCUUGCCUCUUGAAAUAGGGAUCUUACUUGGAGUGGGCCUAAACAUGGUCUUCAUUCUCUAUCACGCAGCCAGACCUAAGAUCUCGGCUGAAACACUUGUGAGCCCUGCUGGAACACAAUACCUCAUUAUAACACCAGAUAGAUGCCUUAUCUUCCCUUCUGUGGACUAUGUUCGCAACCUUGUGACCAAACACUCACGAAAGCAAAAUCUCCCGAUCGUGAUUGACUGUUCACAUGUUUAUGGAGCUGACUACACUGCAGCUACAGUAAUCUCAUUGCUGACUCAGGACUUUGCCAAGAAGAAGCAGCCCCUGUACUUCUACAAUCUCAAACCAAGCGUCUGCAGUGUCUUUGAGGGGCUCUCACCCGUAGACUUUGUAGUAUACUAUCGAGAGGAGAAGAUUGAUGAUCUAUUGCGAGAAUAUAAGCUCAAAUCCGUGAUUGAAAGUGCUUAAGCAGAAAGUUGCAUCUUAAGAUAUACUUAAAACUAGCCUUAUCUCUUUUAUAAUCCUAGCGUAAAGCUAGACAGUAGCAUUAGACAUUGAAGCAGUAUUUUACAAUCAAGUAUUUUCCCAUCAUAUUUGUAGUUGUAUUGAAUUUUUAAUCUAAUUAUAUGAAUUUAUUAAACUAA